AUGUGGGCCAUGUGGACUGGUGCGUGUGGACCAUGUGGACUGGUGCGUGUGGACCAUGUGGACUGGUGCGUGUGGACCAUGUGGACUGGUGCGUGUGGACUGGUGCGUGUGGACCAUGUGGACUGGUGCGUGUGGACCAUGUGGACUGGUGCGUGUGGACUGGUGCGUGUGGACCAUGUGGACUGGUGCGUGUGGACCAUGUGGACUGGUGCGUGUGGACCAUGUGGACUGGUGCGUGUGGACCAUGUGGACUGGUGCAUGUGGACCAUGUGGACUGGUGCAUGUGGACCAUGUGGACUGGUGCGUGUGGACUGGUGCGUGGUGGACUGGUGCGUGUGGACCAUGUGGACUGGUGCAUGUGGGCCAUGUGGACUGGUGCGUGUGGACCAUGUGGACUGGUGCGUGUGGACCAUGUGGACUGGUGCGUGUGGACCAUGUAGACUGGUGCGUGUGGACCAUGUGGACUGGUGCGUGUGGACCAUGUGGGCUGGUGCGUGUGGACCAUGUGGACUGGUGCGUGUGGACCAUGUGGACUGGUGCGUGUGGACCAUGUGGACUGGUGCGUGUGGACCAUGUGGACUGGUGCGUGUGGACCAUGUGGACUGGUGCGUGUGGACCAUGUGGACUGGUGCGUGUGGACCAUGUGGACUGGUGCAUGUGGGCCAUAUGGACUGGUGCGUGUGGACCAUGUGGACUGGUGCGUGUGGACCAUGUGGACUGGUGCGUGUGGACCAUGUGGACUGGUGCGUGUGGACCAUGUGGACUGGUGCGUGUGGACUGGUGCGUGUGGACCAUGUGAACUGGUGCGUGUGGACCAUGUGGACUGGUGCGUGUGGACCAUGUGGACUGGUGCGUGUGGACUGGUGCGUGUGGACCAGUGGACUGGUGCGUGUGGACCAUGUGGACUGA